GAUGUCCGGAUGAGGAGGGCGGCGUGGAGGAUGUAGCGAAGCCAGCUGGCUGGGGUCCUGCGACAGGGCGUGUUCGGGGCAGAAAGUUUCGGCGGAGGCGCGAGCACGGGAACGGGACCGGGCGCGAGCGUAGCCGUUAGCGGCCGGGCGGGGCGAUGGCACCGCGCAUGCUCUGAACCACCCCCCUCCCCGCACGGACACUCGUCGCUCCCGGCGCCGGGGCUGAAGAGAACGGAUUAGCUCCAAAGGGAACCAGGAAAUGACGGAAUACAAACUUGUAGUGGUUGGAGCUGGAGGUGUGGGAAAGAGUGCCUUAACUAUCCAAUUGAUUCAGAACCACUUUGUGGAUGAAUAUGAUCCAACAAUAGAGGACUCCUAUAGGAAACAGGUAGUGAUUGAUGGUGAAACAUGUUUGUUGGACAUUCUGGACACAGCAGGUCAAGAAGAGUACAGUGCUAUGAGGGAUCAGUACAUGAGGACAGGCGAAGGAUUUCUCUGUGUCUUUGCCAUAAACAAUCAUAAAUCAUUUGCAGAUGUUCACUUGUACAGAGAACAAAUUAAAAGAGUAAAGGAUUCUGAAGAUGUCCCCAUGGUCUUGGUGGGAAACAAAUGUGAUUUACCUUCCCGAACUGUGGACACAAAACAAGCGCAAGAACUGGCUAGGAGUUAUGGGAUACCUUUCAUAGAAACUUCAGCAAAAACAAGACAGGGAGUUGAAGAUGCAUUUUACACACUGGUACGAGAGAUUCGGCAAUACAGAAUGAUAAAACUCAACAGUCAAGAUGAUAGAAACCAAGGUUGCUUGGGGUUAAAAUGCAUCAUUAUGUAAUUAGGUUAUUGGAUGCCUUCUAUGUGAUCUGUAAAAUAUACAAACCGGGGCAAAAAUGGAAAAAAAAAGACCAACAUUCUUUGGUGUAAAAUUCCUGACCCCACCUGACCCUUUAUAUAUAUCUAUAUAUAUAUAUAUAUAUAUAUAAAAGAACUGUUGUGAUGUACAAUAGAUUUACUAGGUACAGGUGCACUGUUUGCUCAUUCUCUUUCUGUGCAUUACACUAAAUGUACCGGAAUUAAUUUUAUAGUACACUAACAAAGUCAUAUUGCAGGUGUGUUAUCAGACUGUGGUACAGACUAGUCUGAGUGCAAACUGAUUUUUUUAAUAUAAAGUGCCUGUUUACUGUAACAAAUAUUUUAGCUGUUUUGAACCCCUGUGCUUACUAGGACUACCUACUUUUGUCAAACAGAUUCCAGAUGUAUAAACAAAUUUUCAUUCAGUUUGUUUGACCUGCAAGUUUGGAAUACCAUCAGUGUGAUGAGAUCUGUAUUCAUAAUUCAUAUGAGUAUGAGCACCAAGUAUUAAAAGGGACACUCAAGGUAGUAAAGCAUUGCAGCUGUGAUACCAGCAAAUGCAAUCCUGUUAAAUUGUAGCCACAAUUACCUAUUAUAGCAGAUGAAUCGAUUUGACUAUUUUAACCUGUGCAAGAAAGUCACAAAGUGGUUGUACCACACUUGGUAUGAGGAGUGUAUUCUUUAUAUUUAACUGCCUCCAUUGCUAAAUUAUUGUAGCCCUGAUGAAGACUAGGUUGUGUGUCCACCAUCCUGCUUCAAGAACUAGAUACAAUGUUUCUGCAGAAUUGCUUUCUUCUUAACUUCUCUGCAAUGUCCCUGCUUAAUCAUAGAAUAUCUUGCCUUAGCAAGACUGGCAUGCAUUAAAAUAGAAGAUUCAGUAGUGCCCUCAGUCAGUUAUCAUGGUUCUAAAUUUAUGUUGUCAAAAGUACAAAAAAAAUUUGUUUUCUUUUGGAAUAAUUUUAUGACUGUGGUAAUCUUGAGCUGUCUGUGAUUCAAAUCAGAUUUGUUGUGAAGGGUCAACCCUUUCCAGUUUUAACACUCACUUUCACUGCAAGGUACUUGGCUGAAGUUGCUUAUGGGCAUUAAUAGGCAAGGAAGGAGGGCCAUGUGUGCUUUAUUUUCCUCCUUGUCGCACUAUAUUAAGGAAUGUUCAUCAAUUGUUUCAGCAAAGAUAAGCAACAUUAUUGGCAGACUGUUUGGGGAUGUGGUUCAAUGACAGUUGUAAGGUGGGUGGAAAUGUAGAACAAAUUUGCUAGAAACACUAGCCAGUCACUACUUAUUUCUAAGCAGUAAAUAACUUUUUUAUAUAAGAAUAAUUCAAUCCUUGGGCUUUUCUUUGUGUGUGUGUGUAGUGGGGGAGGGAGAGGGAAUCUUUAACAUGGUUUAGAUCUAAAUUUUUCCUAAGUUCUGCUUUGUGGCCAUAAAAGUAAUACCUUAAAUGUUUAUUGGUGGGAACACUGUUUCUUUGAAAACACAGCUUUAGUACUUGGAAUUUUUUUUAAGAUAUUUCAGUGUAACUUGGAUAUUUGAUGUAAUCAAAUGCCACAUUACUAAUUCAAAAACUGAACAAUUCUGCAAUAUUUCCAAGAAUAAGGCAUGUUUGAAUCAGGAAAUCACUUGUUUGUUAACAACGAUGUGCAAUAUCAAAUAGCAGAGAUGCACGCUGUCUGAUAUCUUGUUCAUAAUGUUCUGCCAUACUCGGCUCUGCACAGGCAUUGCAGGUUUUUCACAGUUCCCGCCUUAAUAAUAAUUUCAUUUUAGACUAAAUUUAAUAUUCGUUAUAUUGUGAUCUUUAGUUUACAGCAGGUAUUGCUUUGUUUUAUAGGCUACUGUCUACUGCCUGUAUGAGUUCAUUUAUCAUGACCUCUAGGUCAGGAGGGCCGGUAGUGUUUAUUGUUCAGCUUGUGGCCUGUAGAGGCACCUGUACCUGGUAGGAAAGGGACAGAAGUAGGCCAUUCAACUCUUGUUUGUUAUUCAGUUUUUUGGGGGUAAAUAAUAUCAAGUUAAACAUGUUUUUCAAUGUGACAUAUUCUGAUAACCACUGUUAGUCUUUCACCUGAAAAAGACUUAAUCUGAUUUUGCAAUGAACAUUAUUGCCUAAUCACAUUUCGAGCUCUGACAAUAUUUCUUUAAUUAUAAUACCCCGAGUCUUAAUAUAGGCUUAAAAAGAUGUUUGAUUUACUAGCAGUCCUAGCUGUUUUUGUCUCUUCUAGUUGAUAUAUUUUCCAUCUAUUUACAGUUUAGAAGUGACAGCUUGUUCAGAUACAUCUUGACAGUAUUUAGUCUCUUUCUCUGCCAUGUGCUACGUACUGUUCCAGGAUAUUCAGUAACUGUGGUCUUCUGUUGAACAGACUGGGGCAAAUGGUUUUCAUGUUCUUAUUCUGAGUAAUCAUACGGGUGAUAAUUUGAAAAUACCAGUUUCAUGUUAAAGUUUGGAACUGGAAGCUUUGACCACUAGAUCUAUAGCUAAUGUCAAAAUCAUUGUAUUAUUGAUUGACUUAACACAAUCGUUUAUCCAUUAGGGAAAGAACAUAAGUAGGCAUAGACAGUUCACCUUGCCAUUCAAAUGAGAUCAGGGUUAUUUUAGCAACUAAUUCCAUAGGGCCACCAAUACCUCAAAGCCAUCAUUAACUUAUUUUUAAGUGUGGCUAAAUUUUUUAUUAAGACCAUUGAAGCAGAAGUUGCAGGCUAGUUUUGUUUAUUAUUAUUCCCAGUUGAUGUUACAGGUGGGCUCGUUUAACAUUAGCAGAAUCAAGACAUCAAAAUAGUGAAAACUGAAUAAUCUGCUCAGAACCUCCCAUACAAAUACAAAAAUUCAAAAAUAAAAGCAGAAAGUGCUUUAAGCACUCAGGAGGUCAGGCAGCCUCUGUGGAAAGAGAAACUGACUUGAUAUUUCAGGUAAUCAGAUCAAACCUUAACAAAUGUUCUGUGUUCCAUAAAAUGCUGUGUCAUGUAGCCUCUGGAAGCUAGCAAAUCAGACAUUAGUUUUUUUUAAACUGCAUCGGUUUACUUGAAAACAAUUUUGAAUUUUUCUGUUUGUAACCUUUGUGGUAUUGUAUGCGGUUGUGAUUGUAUUUAAUGUUGACAUGUGUUUCCAAUUAUGUUCAGUGAUCCAAGUUGAUCUCUUGAGCCUGAUGACCUUUUCUGAUGUAAUUAAACUAUUAGCAUACAUAUAAUGGCAAGGGUUGUGUUUAGCAUGUAUCAAAACAUAUGCUGUUAUUUCGGACAGACUGACAACCAUUGACUUCAAUGGUGUUGAGAUUCUGAGAGGCAGCAUUUUUUUUUGCUUCAGUUUGCAGGAGCUGAGACUGAACAUCCUUUGCAGAUGAAGCUGAUGUUUUCUGCCAAUAAUGUUGUCACAUCUCCUUAAAUCUUUUUUGUACUCUGAAAUUCAUAACAAAUUUUCUAUAUGUAAAAAUAUUAAAUUUAAUCAAAGUAUAAUUGAAAAGUUGUAAGUUUUUCCUUGCUCUAUAUUCCCUAUUAUAUUGUAUAGGAAGUCAUUGUACAGUCUGCAGAGAGACACUAUUUUCUCAAUUGUUUAUUUGUAAUCUUCUCCAUCCUGGGCUUGAGUUUAAUAUAUUUUGAUAAAAUAGAGAUGCUUGCAUUGACAAGUUUGUUACUACUUUGCUACAUUCAUUCAAUCAUGUUUGGUGUUGAAUUGUCCACCAUUCUAAAAUCUCUUCUUAAAAAAAAAAGAUGCUGUCUCUCUCUAGCUUGUGCAUAAUAGAAAUGCUUUUCUUGGUUCUUCUGAGCAUGUCCCAGAAACUUAGUUUGUAUUGGUAUUUUCUUGGUUGAAGGCAUAUAUUUCUGUGAUGCCUUGCUCCAAGUGAGCAUGUUCAGUAUUUUUAAGAGAUUUGGAUAAAUAUUGAUUCACUGAUGAAAACAUACUGUAACAUAGUGUUUCUCUUGUUUUUACACUAAACUUUUGCUUAUUUGGAAAUGCUCAAAGUGCACAUUAUAGCUUUAAAUCAUAAUUUGAAUUACAGCUCUCCAAGGUGACUGCAGUGUGAGGAACUAUGCAGUAUGCAUAGCAAUUCUGAAGGAAUGUAUUCUGUAAAUUUAACAGCAUGUUUUCAAAUCCAUUCAGAAACGUACUAAACAAAGUUGGUACUAGGAACCUGAUGCAAUGCUAUAUUCAUGAUUAUUGAGCAAUGUUUGGAUACUACUUAGCAAGUUAAUAAAGCUCACUCCCAUUGUUAAACCUUUAAACAAACCUUGCACUAAUAGCUUUCCUCCGAUCGCCAAUAACCUGUGUAAGUAACAUAAAUAAUGGUGGAUAUUCCAUCACAUGGGCAGAAUGGAACUCUUUAAAAUUAGAGAUAGAAUAAAGCAUCAGCUUUUUUAAGACCCAAUAAAUUAUCAAAAACUCUGAAUAUCAGUUUCCAGUGAAGAAAUGCCAUUAAGAUUUGGAUUACUGGAAUUGAGCACAUUAUUGAUCCAGAUUUUAUUAUUAAUUUGCUUAAUUCUUCUUGUACUUUUGAAAGCUCUGCCUAGAUGAGGAUCUUUUAAGUGUUUUUGAGAUUCUUCACCAUUCUCUGCUUCUGCGCCUCUCAAAAUUACAUUUAAUAAUGAUAUAAAAAAUAAAUGUUUCUAAUCUUUUUAUUUUGUGCACUCAGGGUUUUCAGAUUUAACAAUAUUCUGAGUGAUGAAAGGAAAUAAUUGUGUGUAUCCUUUAACAAUGUAAAUACUAUAUCCUUUUACUUUUUAAUAACUCGUGUGUGUCUUGUACUGGUUUGCAAAAUGUGAAAAUGGCUGGCUGAAAGUACAUUUUAUGCAUGUUACAACUAACUGCUUUUUUCCCCCAGUGUUGGCCUUUUCUGUAAAUAAAAUUAUUUUAAAACAGAAAUGUUCUGUACAUGAAAGAAAUUUGUGACCUCUGGGACAAAGGAACAAACAAACACUGGUGAUCCUCUUUCUCCACGGUCUUAUGUUUCUCCUGAAUGCAGGAACAUUCGCCAUGAGCCAUUUUGUGUAUUCAAUGCAGUGAAACAAUAAAAUGACUUUUUUCUCUGUA